AUGUCAAGCAAGAUUCCAGAUUGGGUUGCCUUGUGGCUUGUAGCGACGUCUCUGAUUUGCGCUUAUGAUGCUACAUUUGUGUUGCUACGACCAAGGACACUGGAGGGUGGCGAUCUCUCUUUUAUUUUUCCAGGACACGUCUACUAUACUACGAUCGACAUCAAGUAUGGGGAUAUGGAAGACCAAUUUGUGAUUGCACAAUCUAUACUCAAUUUGUUUGAGAUUAUACUCAACGUCAUCACAUUGGUCAUGCAUUGCAGAUCAGAUUGGCGAGCUCCUGUCGUUGCUUUCCUCGUGCAAGCGUUUACGUUUUGGAAGACUGUCUUGUACAUGAUUCAGUAUACUCCACUUUGCAACGGUAGUCAUCUAGUCGAGCAUCUCGACUGGUUGAAGUACACCGCACUGUUUUUGGGGACAAAUGGCUGGUGGAUUGUCAUUCCGCUGUUGAGCUUGUGGACUCUAUGGAAGACACUAUUAUCUGCUAUGGCGCCAUCUGCUGGCGAAACAGACAAGACUAAAUGAUAGGUGACAGUACAGUACUGUUUCGUUUACGGACUGAAAAUUGUAUGAUGAGUAAUUGUUCGAUGCACAAGUGAGUACACGUACUUGAGUACAUGUACUUGGAUGCAUAGUUCAAAUAAUAGAUAUGACAUUCCAGGCAGUUUGUGGUGACUUAUAUUUACUAUACACCAAGUAAUUUGACUGCUAUGUGAAUUAGUGAGUUUUUAAUAUUGUAGCACAUGAUUUGUUUGUUGCCUUUGUGACCAAGGUCAUUGUAGGAGAGAUUACAAUCAACUACAUACAUACAUAGUGGUCGUUUACUUGUAGCAC